GGACGAGGGACGACGAGCAAACAAAAAGGGAAGAAUCUUGCCAAUUACUGCCGCUCUGAAAUAAGAAUGGACCAUGAAGGAGCGCAGCGUGAGCUGGUAGUAGACGAGCGGUCGUCCUCUCGGUUGGCGGCUGGACGGUCAUCGACGGGAUCCUGCAACGCUGAAUCGUUCACCCUGCGGGUGUUGGCCACGGCAGGUACGAAGUCGACAGGUGCGAUAAUCGGGGGUGACCCGGUUGUUGCCGCCGGGGCGGCGAUGCGACGAUGAGCUCGCUGAGGAUACCGCUAUCUCUCUACACCCGACCACAGCCCCGAGUAAUAAUAGGAAGGCGGCCGGGUCGGCUCGCGAGUCGUCGCAAGGUCGAGCACAGAGGAGCGGAAGCCGGUUCAAGGCCGAUAUUAGUCGUUUGGCCAUGGACCUCGAGGCGAGGAACGGGACCGGUGGUAACGAAGAGGAAUACACGAAUAUUUAUUUCAUGGUUGGGGAUCGCAGGGAGACGGCCACCUACAAAGCGGAUCAGGUCACGGACAUGGAGCUUAAGGAACUCUUUAGGAAUGCAGCAGAGGCUGGACCUCUGGACAUCGUGAAGCUUUGCAAAGGGGACAAACUGUUGAACAUUUCGACUAAUUUGCCGGCGAACACACCCGAUUCUCCCUAUGUCCUUCAGAUCGUCGGAGCUCAUCCGGCCUCGUCGGGGGUGAUCGAGGCGGAAGUGCUGUGGGCUCUCGAGAGACGUGUGGCGGCCUUGGAACGGCAACUUCGGGAGCAUCAAGAAGCUCUGUACGCAUCGCCUUCGUUCGCUCUUCGUGAACUGAAGCGGCAGGUCGACAGUUUCAAGAACAAGUUGGAGCACAACGACCAACUCAGUUGGCUGAGUUUCUACAAACAGCUUCCGGAGCCUCUCUACGCGGAUUCCUGCCGCAGAUUGCAGUAUCGACGGAAGAGCGACAGCAUGAAGCGGAAGGUGCGAGAAAAGUUCCUCAAUAUCUGCGACGUGUCGAUAUCGUCGAGCGUUCGGGAGUGGCUACGUUCACCCGCUUUCGACGCCCGGCAAUGGGAGGACGAAGAGCUUCUCCUUAUGCUGCAAACCAUGUUCGUCGAGCUGGACCUACCUCAAAAGUUUAACAUUCCUUUACCAAUCCUGAGGAACUUCCUCUACGAAGUUUACAACAACUAUAACGAAGUGCCGUUUCAUAACUUCAGGCACUGUUUCUGCGUGGCGCAAAUGAUGUACGCGAUAGCUUGGGCGGUGGAUCUACCGUCACGGAUCGGUGAUCUGGAGGUUUUUAUAUUAAUCGUCUCCUGCAUCUGCCACGACUUGGAUCAUCCGGGAUACAACAACAUUUAUCAAAUAAACGCCCGUACCGAGUUGGCGCUCCGUUACAACGACAUCUCGCCGCUCGAGAAUCACCAUUGCUCGGUGGCGUUCCGCGUCCUCGAGGCCCCCGAGUGCAACAUAUUGGCGUCGUUGGACAAUCCCACCUAUCGGGUGGUACGCGAAGGGAUCAUCAGAUGUAUCCUUGCCACGGACAUGGCCAGACACAACGAGAUUCUCGGCCAAUUCACCGACAUUAUCCCGGAAUUCGAUUAUUCGAGCAAGGCCCAUAUCAAUCUCUUAUCGAUGAUCCUGAUCAAAGUGGCGGACAUCAGCAACGAGGCACGGCCCAUGGAAGUGGCGGAACCUUGGUUGGACAGGUUGCUCCAGGAAUUCUUCAAGCAGAGCGACGCCGAGAAGCUGGAAGGAUUGCCGGUCACGCCGUUCAUGGACCGCGACAAAGUGACCAAACCCUCGUCCCAAGUGAGCUUCAUCGGCCUCGUCUUGCUCCCCCUUUUCGAGGCCCUGGGUGAACUGUUUCCGGAACUGCAGGGGCUGAUAGUGCAGCCGGUGAGGGAGGCGUUGGAGUAUUAUCGGAGAUUGAACGAGGCCGCGAAGGACGAGCGGCAUCAUCGGAAGAGCGUUGCGGACGUUGGGGAAUCGACGUGCGCGAACGGGGGGGGUUGGGGGGCGUCGAGCGUGGCGAAGUCGAGCUCGUCGCACAGCAUGCGGUCGAAACGGUCGGCGGGCACGAUUCGGUCGCGGUCGCGUUCCACCGACGAGGACGUGACGGAGAACUUGACCGGGGAAGACGCGGAGAAUCUGGAGAGCUCGGAUCCGGAAACGGCGACCGAGGUGGAGGUGAGCGAGAAAACGUUGAAGUUCAAGAUCUCGACGGAGGGGAGCCUGUCCGGGGCUGGAACAGGUAGGAAAAGCUACCCGGGUAGCCGGAAGGGUAGCCGUGAGAAAUCGUCACUGGAUUAUCAUAAUCACGACCUGGCCAGGGCUGUGAGGGAGCACGAGAGGAAACGGGGCGGUAAGGGAGAGAGCCUGGGCAGCGAUCUCAGCUCGCCCGCCAGCGCUUGGUCCGCGGAGGAGACGAGGAUCUUGGAGGAGUUGGAGAGGGCGGACGCGGAGAGCGUUGUCCGCGAGUCGGAGGGGAAAAGUUGGAGCGAGCGUAGAACGGCGACGACCACGGCGACCACGAUGAUCGAGGGUAACGGUAACGUGGUGGUGGUCGAGGGCCAGGAGCGGAGGAACAAGUUGAGGAAGGGGAGCGGUUCGGUGGAGAACGAUCGGGAGACAUCGAGGCCCGGAACUCGAGGCUCGAAGGAGGUUCGGAGGGAGUCGGUGGUCGGGUCGCGGUGUUGCUGCGAGGACAAAACCGGUUCCAACAAUCACAGAUCCAUCUUCUCGAGAUUGAGAAACUUCACGGAUCGAUUGAGCAUCAGCUUCGACUCGAAGGAUCCGCCCACGCCCAAGCCGACCAAACACAUCGCGACCACGAACAAAACGUUGAACAAGAGCAACUCGUUGACCGCGGCGAGCCCUCGCUCGUCGGCCGCUACCUCGUCCAGCCAGUGCAACAACUCCGUGACGGAGUUUUGCAAGCGGUGCAAUCUCGCCAAGAGCUCGUCGAAGGAGGGCAAAGGUGUGGCGAGCGUGGUGGAAUUAUCCUCGAUGGAGAAACGGGCGAUGACGUUGCCGAAGGUGAGAAACAAGGCCGACUACAAGAACAAAAGUUGGAGGACGGUGUUCGCCAAGGAGAAACGAUCGUCCGCCUCGUUGGAGGCUUUGCCCGCGGCCGUUUCGUCCGAUUCGUCGUUGUCGAAACAUCGGCGGAAUUCCUCGAAUCCGGAGGGCAAGUCGCACAGCCUGAAAACGGUCAAGGAUCAGAGGUGUUUGGGCAUGGAGUUCGCGGAGAUCGACGUGCCCACGAAGAAGCAGCAACAGCAUAAUCGUCACCACAAUCGCCACCAUCCGCACCACCACCACCACCACCACCACCACCAUCAUCAUCAUCACAAUCAACCGGAGAUAAUCGUGAAGGGGGUUGAGUACGGGUCUAGAGAGGUCGUGGAACGAGACGUGGAAAGUAAGGUAGAGAUCAGAAGAAGCUCGGCUAGUAUGGAGGAUAUAUCGAAGAUGGCGAAACAGGCUGAAAGCGCGAUGCUCGGUUCGUUGGAGCCAAAGAAGACGUCGGAGGAACGUCCUCACGCGGGUAGUUUGGACUCGAUGCUGUACAAGGAUUCGUCGAAAUCUCGAAAGAAGGCCGCGUGCUCCUCGCCCACGACCUCCUCGAAAAAAUCAUCCCCCGGCCUGUUGUCCCGGUUCAAGUCAGGCAUGAGCAUGGACAGCACGAGGAGCAACAGCAACAGCGACUCGUUGCACGAUCAAAGCUCCCAAUCCCCGAGCGGUUGGAUCUCCUCGUUGACGGCGAGCUUUCGACCGAAGAGGCAGGUGGCCUCGGAAGCGCCGCCCUUGUCGUCCUCCCAUCCUCCGCGUUCACCCAGCCGAGAGGAGAUCAAGUGAUACGGUCUACGAUUGGUCGAGGACUCUUCCGAGAAACAAUUGUCGGGCCUGCACAGGUGGCUGGCCGAGAAUAUCUUCUGCUGCAGCGGUUGAAACGCGUUUCGUUCGUGCCGUUUAUUCGAGCCAAGUAAUAAUCUGUAAUAAUAAUAAUAAUCGGGUGGAGAAUACGGGAGGAGCCAAAGAUCGUUGACUGAGAUUGAAAAGGAGAUUGAGCGGGGGAGGAGACGGAUGUGGUGAGCAUUGGACACAGAGAAGGGAAUAUAUGGAAAGGAAGGAAGCGUUCGCGUUUUGCCGAAAUAAUCGACUCGAGUCGGAUCCGCGUCUGUUGGCCGAAGAAACUCGAUUAUUAUCUCAACGAUCUCAAGCGUCGGACACUUAUCGAGGGCAAAGAGAGAUAUCCGACCAAGCUUCUCUCCCCAUCGAUUCUCGGCCAAGAAUUAGAAGGUAUCUCCUCUGUGCGACGAUCUUCUGCCCGCGUUCUGGAUCCGCGUUUAAAUUGAAACGCGCCUCGGUGUUGCGGACGAAGCAAGCAACAGUUCACCGAAUUUUUCGCGUGGAACUCGAGCGAUUAGAUAUCCGGUCAAACACCGGAUGGAGGUAGAGAGGAGAGAACAUUCGCACAAACAAUCUGACUGUAUUCCGUCGCGUCGCGUCACGGAUGAUUAUUGGAACGAUUAUUAGAAAUUGGAGAGAAAUGAAGAUGGACAGGUUCUCGAACGUUGUACGAGGAUCGAAGCGCGAUUUAAGGGGAAAAAUAAUAUAGUACGUCUUCGUAUAGUAAGUCGAUUAGCUGUUUCCAAAUGUAGCCAGAGAAUGUGUGAGUGUAAUUAACGUUCGUAUCGAAGCCAAACUGUCGAACAGCUGGCCAAUACCAAAUAUAUGUAUAUUGCUCCUAAUUAUCGAUCUCCGUUCCGAGAGCAGAGUUGUGUGAAAGAGCGGGAGAGAGCGAGAGGAGAGACUGUGAAGAGGAGUGAAAGAGAGGGAGAGAAAGGUAGAAAAGAAAAUAUUGCGUACGAUGAAAUAUAAUAAUUUGUCGAGAUCGAGCGGUUCGAACUGGCAUAGAGAUUGAAACGAAAAUAUGAAAUAUUGAAAAAAAGAAAAAAAGAAUCGAAGCGAGGAACGAAACGAAAAUGGACGGCCUGAAAGAAGAAGAAGAAGAAGAAAAAAAAGGCGCGUUAUAUAAACUAUUUUAUUUAUUGUCCAAUUAAAAAAAAAAAAAGAAUAGCCUAAUGAGUAAUCAUUAAUGUUGUUCGUUAUUAUA